GCUCCGGUCGUGACGUUACUGCGCAGUGUUGUCUUCUCGAGCUUCUGGUGAACAUGGCGGCGCCCGGAGAGCACGCGUGUGAGGAUGGAGAGAUGGAGGAACUGGAGGAGCAGGAGGAGCAGGACGGCAUGGAGGAGGAGGAGCAGGAGGAGAACAGCGGCGAGGGGAUGAAGGUGUUUGUGCCGGGGCAGCAGCCGCUGGAGCCCGGCCAGGAGCUGGAGAUGGACCGCUCCGCUUACCGCAUGUACCACGAGUGCCAGACAGGUGCUCCAUGUCUGAGUUUUGAUGUUCUGCCCGAUGGUGAGGGAGACAGUAGAGAGAGUUUUCCUCUCUCUCUGCUGUUGUGUGCUGGAACCCAGGCAAACACGGCGCUCGCCAACAGACUCAUAGUCAUGCGCAUGCACAACCUCCACGGCAUAAAGGAAAACGACAACAAAGAGGGGAAGAAGGAGAGCAGUGAUGAAGAAAGUGACGAUGAUGAUGAUGAGGAGGAAGACGAGGACAAGAAGCCUCAGAUGGAGCUCGCCAUGGUGCCCCAUUAUGGAGGAAUAAACAGAGUCAGAGUAACCAGGCGAGGUGAGCAGUCAUUGGCUGCCGUGUGGUCAGAGAAGGGCCAGGUGGAGAUUUUUGACCUUCGGCCGCAGCUUGAGGCGGUUUAUAAUUCUUCAGUCAUGGCGGCAUUCAUCAAGCAGAACAAGGAGAUCACACCCUUAUUUAGUUUUUCUGGUCACAUGGCUGAAGGCUUUGCUGUUGACUGGUCUCCAAAAGUACCAGGCCGUCUGGUGAGCGGAGACUGUAAGAAGAACAUUCAUGUGUGGGAGCCGAGAGAGGGCGGAGUGUCCUGGCAGAUCGACCAGCGGCCGUUCAGUUCACACACCAAGUCUGUGGAGGACCUCCAGUGGUCACCCACUGAAGCUACAGUGUUCGCCUCCUGCUCAGUGGAUCAGUCCAUUCGUGUUUGGGACAUCAGAGCUCCGCCCAACUCCAUGCUUUCAGCCAAUGAGGCUCACUCUUCAGACGUCAACGUCAUCAGCUGGAAUCGAACCGAACCCUUCCUGCUGUCUGGAGGAGACGACGGGCUUCUGAAGGUGUGGGACUUGAGGCAGUUUAAGUCUGGACGGGCGGUGGCCAGCUUCAAGCAGCACAGUGCUCCAGUGACCUCAGUGGAGUGGAACCCUGUGGACUCCAGCGUGUUCGCCGCCGCCGGAGCAGAUGACGUGGUCAGCCAAUGGGAUCUGUCUGUAGAGUCAUGUGACAUGGGCGAGCGGGCAAAUGACGUAAAGGAUCUUCCGCCACAGCUGCUGUUUCUCCACCAGGGUCAGACAGAGGUCAAGGAGCUCCACUGGCACCCACAGCUCCCUGGAACACUUAUCUCGACAGCGCUGUCCGGGUUCAACGUCUUCAGGACUAUCUCUGUGUGAACAUCUAUCUCUGUGUGUGUGAACAUCUCUGUGUGUGCGGGGGUGUAUCUGUGCCUUUUUUCAGGAGCACAAAUGGACUUCAGAAGUUUCAUAGCUAAUAAUGUAGCUAGCGCCUGGUCCAGGUUCCUGUAUUCCACCAGUCACUGCGCUUGUUACAGGAUACCGUAUAUACUGGCCUGCAUUUAUAGGACUGCAUUAGCAGGCGCUUUGGUGGUCUAUGAAGACGGUCUAGAUUGGAUACCUAGUCUCCAGACUAUGGAGACUAGUGGGAUCCACAGAUAGUGUAAGACACGUACAGUGGCUUUUUUUUAUUGGCUGUCUGUGCUUUUUGAACUUUACUCCACCUCCAUUGUUCAUCUGUGUCAUGAAAUCUGAUUAAAACAAAAUGUUUCCACAUUGA